UCGUAGGUGUAGUGGGGAGAUUGCCCAUUGCCAUCGAGUCACAAUGCGCAAGGCAAGGGCUGUCAGCCUGAAACGUAGAAACUAGGAUCAUUACCACACCGGACCUCGAGGAGAAUAGACGUGUUUCUCGUGUCCUACGCUCAGUCGAGAUCUCGGGCUACUUAUCUGUUGCGAACGUGUGAUUAAUAGUCUUGAAAAACUGUGAUUCCCUGGGAUGCAAUCGAGUAACUCGCUUGUACUCUCAAAGUGAUUUUUCUCCCUUUUGUAGACUUCUGUGCGCGGUCGAGCAAUUUAGUGAUCGCUGUCGCUGUGAACUUGUCCUGAACUUGUGAACUGCAUCUUAGCUUUUACGGCACCGAGAGUGAUAAAGGAACUGCAUCAACUAUUUGUUAUCAUUCGCGCGUUUUUUGUGAACACCAACGAUAUUCAAGGUAUUGGCGAUCAGCUAAUCCUAUGGAAUUUAAUCCAUUCGAAGAUCCUCCUUAUAGACACUUUAGACGUCGCGAGUGAAUUUUAGGGGCAUUUGAAGCGCAGUGCCUGGUGCACCUGCGGACUCAUGCGAGUAGACUGUCAUAAUAACGUCAGGCGCUGCAACAGAGGAAAGCGUCAGUUCAUAACACUUAGAUCAAUCUUUAAUACACGCGGACUGAUUUGUCACAAGCUGUCGUGUUAGGCAACUUUUUGAUACUCCAACAUCUGUCAUAAUUCCUGUGUAUAGUGCCAAAAUAAACUUUUUUCGAUUUGAAUUAGUUAUAAUUUUGCAAAGCUGAUUGAUUCUUUGCAAUACUAAUCAUGGCCAUACCAUUUGCAUUGCCGUCCGAGGACGAAGCCGAAGCUCAGGGACAACAGUUAGAACAACUAAUGCUGGACCUGUACGCAGCUCUGCAACAGGUCCUCCGCAACCGGAGUCUUCAACAUCCAUCGAGAAAUCAUCGGCUGCCACGUCGGUCGGGUGACAUAUCUAGUCCCCGAGAGCAUCCUAUUGUUCUCGUGGAUUCUGAUUUGUCUCGAUUACCUUUGCCAGACUUGGUGCUCUCUGCUGUGGAACAACUUCCGCCCCCAACUCCUCAGGUAACCGUCUCGGCGCCAAGCAGUCCAACAAGAGAUGCGGCGUUCCAAUUCCCGGAAUGCAGUGCACCAGUGCCAAGUCCGCGACCAAAGCCACGAAGACGCCGAUUAACAUCAGAGAGUUCAAUCCCAGAGAAAGGGCCCUCGGAAUCGAACAAAUGCAAUGGUACCUGCUGUCCAGGUCACUUAAAUUUAAGUGCAACAACGCUCAACGAGAGGGAAUGGGUGGCCGUCGGAACAAACCUUAGAAACAUUGCCGACGACUUCCAUGCUUCCAAAACCAAGGACGCGGAAGUAGAGAAGUCGAGACUGCCUUUACUAGGUUCGACAUUCUCAAGCAGCACCAGCAACUCGUCCACGGAUAGUAUAUUAUCGCUGCUGAUUCCAGCUCCACUUCGGGAGACGCUCUGGACGACAGUGGCUCUGUACCUGGGCUGGCGACUUGUAUCCCGUCUACGAUAGAGUUGUCUACUCGCCUCUCUUGAAUGCAAAAUGGCAGGUUGUGAGAGCCGAAAAGCUAGAAACGUUGAUUGAAGAACGGUUGAACACGUUAGCAACCAUUUUCUUUAAAGCCGGCGAGCUCGCGUCCGAACGAAAAGAUGACGAUUCAGAGCCGCUUUAAAGCCAUUGCGCACCUUUGGAGUUACGCGUGGCAAGUCUUUUACUUGGUCUGGGCAGGCUCAUCCCAUCGUAUGAUGGCCUGUUUGUCCCAGGUCAAGCCACAUUUUUCCAUUAAGAUGUGUGAGACCGUAAUUACGAGGCACGUUCCACCACAAGGACGUCCAUGAUGUAUUUUUCUACAUUUGUGUCAAUCGUCGCACGAAAAUGUUGAGGCCUGUGAAAAUGAAAGUGAUAGCAAGAUUUACGAAAAAUAAUAGCUAAAAAAAUGUUUAUCCCCUUGCAUUCUCGUGCGGUGAUGCAAACGCUUUGAGGCGUAUCGACUGCGACACGGGUGAUUUUAGCAACUUUGUAGCGACGAUCGGUCCGGAGAAGGAAGGGAAAGGUUACGGGGAACCUAAGGACGAGAUCCAAAGAGGACUUAACCCAAUAAUCAAAUCAUGAUCUCAUUACGAAUAAAUAAAAAGAUUUUAAUAAAGUAGUGCGAUUUGUGUGAUAAUCAGUUCAGUUUGAUACGUUACAUCAAAAGCUAGUAAAUUAUUCAAGUGAAACGAUUUUGCUUUUAAGGGCUGAUUAUUCACUCAUAAGAUGCUUUUUACGAGGUUUUGGAACUAGAGAAAGGAAUAUCAAAUUUUCUUUUUUUUUGUGGUAUAGUCAUGUUAAAUUCAUGAGACAGUUAAUGGCAAAUUCUCACUUUAUUUGACACUAUCGUAUUUGUAUAUUUCCUGUGAUUCGUGAUAUUUCGUGAUAUAAUUAAAUUAAACUGAGCCCGACUGACUUACGUUAAAGUAACUUAAUGAAAACUCGCAUAAACUACUGAAAAUUGAGUUAAAGUAUGACGAAUGAAGAUUGCCAAUAACUGACAUGGUCCUGUGCAAAUUUUUCCAAUUCCCUGCACCUCGUAGUAGCGUUGUGAAUUUGCGUCAAUUUAGCCUGUAUGUGUACAUCAUUUCAGAUACACAUAAAGGACAGGAACCGCAAGGGAGUUGAAUCUAUUCCAAAACGAAAAGUAAAAAAGAGACGGUUGGGAGCAACGUUUUUAUGUAUUAAGAAUAAAUAAAUUAAUAAAAUCAGUAAUAAGUCGAGGUUUAAUUAAUUAAAGUAGAUAAUCGAUAGAUCGAGGAUCGCAGUAUCUGAUUGGCUCGCUGCGAGGCCCGUGGACAGUUUUCAAAUGAUCUCCGGUAGCUUAGCUCUUAGUGGCGUCCUCAUUCAUGCGGGACGCUUGUAGCAUUUCGGAGGAGGUGUCUUUCACUAAUGCUUCUCUGUUUUUCUUCUAUUCAUUCCUCGUCCUUAUUUUUGUUUUGUUUAAAUAUCUUUCAUCUUUCCUUACAUCUCCUUUCAAUGAUUUUAAAAGUUUUUCUUACUCUCCUAAAACACGUGGAAGAUUCGUGUCGUUUCAUAGCGUUGUUAGAUCAUUUUUGGCUUUUGCCAAUGUAGGAAAUUGAUAGACAUGUUUAAUUUGCUCAUUUUGCUCAAAUAAUUUGACAAAUAAAUUCAACCAUGGUUUCUUCCCCUUUCGCAAUUAGAGAUUUCGUAUUGACUGUCAUAAGUACGAAAGACAAUUGGUAGAAUCGUAUAGUAGCAACCAAGAUCCGUAGAGACGUUUCAUGUGGAACAUCUUCUAUAUAUGUGUGUUUUCUUUCUAUACUUCGUACACGUACGCUAAUAUACUUAUCGCUAAUGAGUAUUCCAGUGUGUAUAGGCAUAGUAUUUAUUUAGAUAGCAUAUCUACUUCCGUAUUUCCUUUCUCUACAACUCGACCCUCGCUCUUGUAGUUUUCAGGGGCGAGUAAGAUCACUGCCAUUUAUCUUACGAAAAAUUGAGAAUCGCAUUCAAGGGUGCUGCAAAUAUGCUUCUUUUCUGUCCAUGAUAUACGUAUUUUUCCCUAUUAUUUAAAAACAAUUUUUCUCGAACUUAAAACCUUAAUGUCAGUAAUGCAAUAUUAUUUCGCGGCUGAUUAUAAAAUUGACGAGAUCCAUACUUCCUCUACCGAUUUCAUAUUUUAUAUAAAAAUAUCUUUUUGUAUUCUUGUUUUCUGAAAUAUUACUCCAAAUAUUGAUCGCCCUUAUAUCACCCUGAACCACACUCGAUUAUGCCAUCGUGUUGAAUCUCAAUUUCUUUCGCGAAGCAGGAGUGAAAAAAUAGAAAAAGAGAGGCCAGCGCCAUGGAUAAUGAUGAUAUAGUGAUUGUAUUGUGAAGCAGUCUCUUUCUUGUGAAAAAGUGAAGGAAUUCUCUUUUUUACUGCGCGAGGUGAUACGACAUAAACGAGAAAUGUCAGACCGAUAGGCCAGGUGUUGCUUAUUUUAUAUGCUAGAUGCAAGUUUAGAUAAAUAGCGUACUUGGAAAAAAGAAGAAAACAGAAAGGAGUUUAUUGGAAGGACCUGAAGAAAUUUAGGAUAAAUUUUGAAACGAGAACAGGACGCAUGUACAUAUUACUGCUUAUUCUGUGCCCGUGAACAGAAGCGGUGCCAAUUGUUUGUUUGUUUUUUAUUAUUAUUUUUUUAUGGUAUAGAUCCGUAAUUUUUUGUAGCUAUUAGUCAGCCAUAUGGAGAAUUAAGAAUUACCGAUAAACAUUUAUAAAAGUCUAAAUAUAUACAU